GAUUGCAAGGUCACUCUGACCACACCACAAUCUUGUUGUAGUACCGUGAGGAAGUAAUUGGCUUCAGCUUCCAUUGUUAUUGUCAUAUAUAUAAAAUAAUCAGUUUAAACCAAAAUAACAAUAUGAUCCAUUGUCUUUUCAUAUGGAUUUCUGAUAAACACCUAGGUGCUUUGAAGAAAUGAAGAAAUCACAGCUGUGUGUAUGUGGAGACAAUGCUACAUAGACAUGAUAUUUUUGGGUUCGGUUGUUUUCCGUCGCUGUUAGUUUGCCUGUUAACAGUUGGAUGGUAAAAGUUUACUAUACGACCGACCGUGAGUGACUUAUCAGCAAAUCAGGAGACACUAGUUAUAUAACAAUUAAUGAAAAAAGCAAUAAAGCAACGGUGGAAUAGUAGCUUCGAUAUGAAUAAUUGACUCUCACAUGUUGAAGUAUUCCUUACAGUAACGGAAUACUGUUAGCUUUACAUAUCAGGAGUCGGGCUAAUGUUUUUAAACGUAUAUAACUUGUGCUACCAAGUGACAUUAACUAUUAUUCGAAAAUUUCAGGAAUAAGUAUUAAAAGUUAGGCUAGAAUUUACAAAUUAGGGUUAGGAUUCUCAUCAAAAACUGAUUUAAUCUAUAACUGAUUGCCUUGUCAUCCAAUUGCAGGCAAACUGGAGGAACUUGAAGUUAGUGUGAGAAUACUAUCUAGAUACAGUAAACAAUUUUGACUAUGCACUGAAUCACAUUGAGUACUUUAACAUAACGUGGAUUGGGGGCAGGUAUUUGUGGUAAUGUAUCUUAAGCAGCAUCUUAUAUUCACCCUUCCUUUGCAUGAUAUAUAUUUUAAAAAUCAGUUUUUAAGCGCUUUUAACAAAAUGUCAGUUCUCACCUAUUUCUAAAUAACAUACAAGUUAUUUGUUAUCGCGCUUUAAUUUUCGCACAAUACACGAGCCGCUAUUAUCGCUCUAAUUGAUCCACUUGAAGCCAUAAGUAUUGUACACUUUUACCGGUGGUAUAUGCAAGGUAUUAGUGAAAUGGGUUUUGUUCUAUGCUUGUUAAAUUCAACCCCUUCCGACCUAAGGAUGUUUAGCGCCUGUGUUCGAUCAUCUUUGUCUCCAUAUCACUCGUUUAUUUAAUCAAUGGUACAAGAAAGUACAAAAUGUAUAUGCGACACACUUCAUUCGAUUUGUGUGAGGGCUGAAAUACUUGCUUGGCACCCAAACCAUUGCAGGUAGUUUUCUUAAGGAGCCAUAUCCAGAGCCUUUGAUCGAGAGUUCUAAUCCAUGAGACAGUAGAGAAACGUUAAGAAGUGCAGUCUCAUAGUAGUCGGUGACUAGCGAUUGGUCCAUACGCCAUUUGUUCCUUCAGUGUCCUGGAGACCAUGUGCACCAUUCGCUUGGAAUCAGGGUUUUCCAACUCCUCUAGGUGAACGCUCCGUGUCCACCAACAUCUAGUGGGAAUAUCGUGCUAGCAAUACCAAGACCCAGUAAUCCAUAUUCGGGAGCAGUGGUAGUAAUUCAAUCACUGUCAAUCUAUAAACACCGGUUUUGACGGAUUUUUAAUGCCCCCAUUGUAGCGAAAGUUUUGCGUCGUAAAACAUCAUACUCAAAAACAUUGUCUCAUCAAAAUUGAGGCUGGGGUGUGUUUGCUGAAGUUACUACAUCACGUUGACACAAUGAAAUACCAAUAGUCAAAAUAACAUUGGUAGACAUGCUAGUAGGAAAUAAUAAACAUUAAGAAUAUCUUUCGAAAAGAAGAAAUACAAAGAUAUGUAUGAAAAUCUAGCGAAAGGUGAAUUCAUUUGUGCCAUUGACACGGAUUUUCAGCCACGUACUACACUUAGAGAUGAACAUAACCUUUUAUAUAUCACACUUUUCUUCAGCUUCAGUUAACAAUUGAAGCUAACGUUAAUAUCCUGCUAAAGCUUUACGGGGCUAGUAUCACUUAUUUUAUCACUAAAUGGUAAUUAGUGUAGCAGUGCACAUCAGUUUACUUUAAAUUACUGACGUACCUAUUUGGUUGCUUGACAAAUCACUACCUUUCUCAUUCCCUUCUACUCCAUGAACUCUAAAUGACUCAACAAAAGAACAACUCAAUGAGGUUUUACUCAUUGUCAACUCGAUGUUUCUAUAAAUUAGUAUAUAGACUCUUAAUUAACUCUCGUGCAGUCGGCUUACAACCUUUGCGUCAUUUUGCUUGUAUUUGUUGUUUUCUAUUCAAAUUGUAAUAUUUUAGUUGUACUCUUAUUACCUAUAUUUCCAUUAGUUAGUUUGAAUACUGCUCCUGUUUCAAUAAAUUUACGAACGAUGUCUUCUCAAACGCAAUCUGCAGAAAAUGUAGGAGAAUGUAAAAAAGUGGAUUUGACCACAAAACUUCUACCUACUGUCGCUCGGGCUGUUAAACUAUCUCAAGAACUUCCCGUAUCAAACACACCUGCUUAUAUUUACUACAAUGACUUUCCUCAGUAUAAGGCUAUAGCAGCUGGACAAUCUAAAAAGAUUCUUUCGAUCCUACAAAAUAUUCUCGAUGUUUUAGAUGCGAAAGCUAACAUUUUAGAUGUUCCAGUGACUAAAAGUAUGCACGAGAAAUUCACCUCUAUUAUUGAUGCUAACGAUCGGAUAUUGGAAAAAUUGGCGAUGGCCAUGGAUUUUGAAGAAGAUCCUCAGCGUAAAGCAUUCUUUCUUAAAACAAGGUCUGAAGACCUGGUGGUUGCCGUUCAUCGAAAAAACACAACAUCUCUUGAAUGGUUAAAAACGAAAAAUGCAAAUGAAGAAACUAAUGAGGGAGUUGAUUUUUCGGAAAAUUCACUAAAACUUUUAUCCUCAAAACAUAUUGUCAGACCACAAACAUCUUUUUCCACUCCACCAGACAAUUCAUACUCAUCGUUUCGACCGAAAAUAAAAUCAAAACCAAAUUGUAUUCAACCACUUCCUGAAUUAUUAUCCAACAAUAAUGGAGAGUUGACGGAUUAUCCUCAUCCAUACAAAGCAGAAUUAGAAGCGUUUGCCAAUAGUCCACCUAGCUUGAAUGAAAUGAUGUCGGAAGAUUUUCCAGUGAAACCUUUGGAUUCAUCAUAUCAGUAUGUUGACACACCAGAUACUCUUGAACAAAUUAUGAAAUCCCUUUCCAUGUGUAAAUAUAUUGCUGUUGACUUGGAACAUCAUAGCUAUCGAAGCUUCUUGGGCAUUACAUGUCUAAUACAAAUGAGUACUUUGAAUACUGAUUACAUUAUCGAUGCAUUGGCUCUACGUGAUCAUUUAUCAAUAUUGAAUGAAGUAUUCACUGACCCGAAAAUUGUUAAGGUGUUUCAUGGAUCCGAUUCUGAUUUAAUGUGGUUACAACGAGAUUUCGGUGUGUAUAUGGUCAACUUAUUUGAUACAGGCAUAGCUGCUCGCCUGCUACAAUAUGGCCGUUUCUCACUUAGUUAUCUAUUACAACGAUUUGUUGGCGUAUAUUCGAAUAAGAAAUAUCAACUUGCUGAUUGGCGUAUAAGACCCCUGCCGAAUGAAUUGAUCGAAUAUGCACGAACAGAUACACAUUACCUAUUACAUAUUGCAAGUCGUAUGUGUCGAGAAUUACAAGAUAGAGAUCUAUUGCCAGUUUCUAUUGAACGAGCAAGACAAUUAUGCCUUAAAUGUUAUACGAAACCUGUAUUCAAUAGACUCGGUUAUUUGGAUCUUUAUAGACAAACUGGAAGUAGUAGUUUCAGUCAUCGUCAAUUAUAUGCUUUAGAAAAUCUUUAUGCUUUACGUGAUUCGAUAGCUAGACGAGAAGAUGAAAGUCUCCAUUAUGUCCUACCAAAUCAUAUGUUAAAAGUAAUUGCUGAAGUAUUACCACGUGAAAGCUCUGGUAUAUUUGCAUGUUGUAAUCCCAUUCCUCCACUGGUGCGUAAAUAUGUUCACGAUUUGCACAAGAUCAUAGUGGAUGCAAGAAAUUUGCCUGUUACAGAUUUACCUCUCACUUCUGAAGAGCCAGGAUUAUCUUCUACACAACCAAAUUUACAACAAGAAAAUGACAAACGAUCAUCUGUAAAUAUACUAACUCCGCAAAACUUAAAAUAUGCUUUGCCUCAUGAUUAUUCUCGUGAAAUUCAUUUACUUGUAAACAGUCCAGAUUAUAGUGAUGUCACUUGUAUAGAGUUAUCAACUAAUAGGAAAUCUUCAAUGUUGGCAUCAGCCUUACUACCGAAUCAUUGUCUAGCGGGAGUUAAAGUUAAUGAACAACAGGAAAUGAAUGAGACUUCGGAAAACAAACAAUUCAAGGAUAAAUUUCUUGAUCCUAAUCAUUUAUUACUUAUGAAGCUGUUGGAACUACUUAAAUUCCCAUGUUCUCCACUUACAACUGAAUAUAAAUCGUCUGAAGAUACAAAUACCUCUGUUCCAACUGUUGUCUCACAAAAAACAAUGUUACAAGAAUCCUCUGAUACGCUAAACACAUCUGAACACCUAAUAAAAUUGGAUGGUGAUACAACUCAAGAUAGUUCGUGUAUGAAUGAUAGUCAAUAUUCUAUUGCUUCUGAUAAUGGAUAUUCCAACAAAUUAAAACGAUCACACAACAGUGAAAUCAUUGUUAGAGCAACACCCAACUUCGGUGAUGAUGAAGUGGUUCUUUUGUGCAAUGAAAAAACAAACACCAAGGGUAAAAGACGCAGGAAAACUUAUGAACAACAAAAAUCAACACUGCGACAGGGUAGCAAUUCUAGUCAUCAAAGCAAUCCCAAUAAAAAUAUGGAAAUGGAUGAUGUAUCCAUUUUAAUUAAAUGUGAAUCUAGUCCUGAACAAUUAGAUUCUUCAGCUGACUAUACAUCGCUCUUCAACACAGCACCUGUUGAAUCUUCAACAAAUAGUGCUUCAAAGAAGAAAAAGCGACCAGUGAAAAAGUUUAAAGAAUUUCGUGUAAGUCGUCCCAAACAUCAAAAAUAACACUGAACACACUGCACAAAACAGGCUAAAUUUUCUUUACUCUAUACAAGUGUACAUGCUUUGUUCUUUGUAUAUUUGUAUCAUUUUUCUCCAAAUAAAAAAGAAACUAUAAGAUAUUUUG